AUGGAAUGGUGCUGUGCCCCGUGCCAGCAGGCCAGGCUCAGCAUGGUGCUGGGCGCCAUCCUGGUGCGAGGGAGGGACGUGUGCAGGCGGAACGGACUGCUCAUCCUGUCUGUGCUGUCUGUCAUCGUGGGCUGCCUCCUCGGCUUCUUCCUGAGGACCCGGCGCCUCUCACCACAGGAAAUUAGUUACUUGCAGUUCCCUGGAGAGCUCUUGAUGAGGAUGUUGAAGAUGCUGAUCCUGCCCCUGGUGGUCUCCAGCUUAAUGUCUGGCCUCGCUUCCCUGGACCCCAAGACCUCCAGCCGCCUGGGCAUCCUCACUGUUGCAUACUAUCUGUGGACCACCUUUGUGGCUGUCAUCGUGGGCAUCAUCAUGGUCUCUGUCAUCCACCCGGGUGGUGCAGCCCAGAAGGAGAUGAUGGAGCAGAGCGGGAAACCCAUCAUGAGCUCGGCCGACGCCCUGCUGGACCUCAUCCGGAACAUGUUCCCAGCCAACCUAGUGGAAGCCACAUUCAAACAGUACCGCACCAAGACCACGCCGGUUGUCAAGUCCCCCAAGCUGGCACCGGAGGAGACCCUUCCUCGGCGGAUCCUCAUCUAUGGGGUCCAGGAGGAGAAUGGCUCUCGUGUGCAGAACUUCGCCCUGGACAUGACCCCGCCGCCCGAAAUCUUUUACAAGUCAGAGCCCGGCACCAGUGAGGGCAUGAACGUGCUGGGUAUCGUCAUCUUCUCUGCCACCAUGGGCAUCAUGCUGGGCCGCAUGGGUGACAGCGGGGUCCCCCUGGUCAGCUUCUGUCAGUGCCUCAAUGAGUCUGUCAUGAAGAUUGUGGCAGUGGCUGUGUGGUACUUCCCCUUCGGCAUUGUGUUCCUCAUCGCCGGCAAGAUCCUGGAGAUGGACGACCCCAGGGCCGUGGGCAAGAAGCUGGGCUUCUACUCGGUCACCGUGGUGUGCGGGCUCGUGCUCCACGGCCUCUUCAUCCUGCCCCUGCUCUACUUCUUCAUCACCAAAAAGAACCCCAUCGUCUUUAUCCGCGGCGUUCUGCAGGCCCUGCUCAUCGCGCUGGCCACCUCCUCCAGCUCAGCCACACUGCCCAUCACCUUCAAGUGCCUGUUGGAGAACAACCACAUCGACCGGCGCAUCGCGCGAUUUGUGCUGCCCGUGGGUGCCACCAUCAACAUGGAUGGCACUGCGCUCUAUGAGGCUGUGGCCGCCAUCUUCAUUGCGCAGGUCAACAACUACGAGCUGGACUUUGGCCAGAUCAUCACCAUCAGCAUCACAGCCACUGCGGCCAGCAUCGGGGCAGCUGGCAUUCCCCAGGCCGGGCUCGUCACCAUGGUCAUCGUGCUCACCUCUGUGGGACUGCCCACUGACGACAUCAACCUCAUCAUCGCUGUUGACUGGGCUCUGGACCGUUUCCGCACCAUGAUUAAUGUGCUGGGUGAUGCACUGGCCACGGGGAUCAUGGCCCACAUCUGCCGGAAGGACUUUGCUCAGGACAUGGGCACUGAGAAACUGCUGCCCUGUGAGACCAAGCCGGUGAGCCUCCAGGAGAUUGUGGCGACCCAGCAGAAUGGCUGUGUGAAAAGUGUGGCCGAGGCCUCAGAGCUGACCCUGGGCCCAACCUGCCCCCACCACAUCCCCGUACAGGUGGAGCAGGAUGAAGAGCCAGUCGCCACCAGUCUGGACCACUGCACCAUUGAGAUCAGUGAGCUCGAGACCAAUGUCUGA